UUGUAAGUGAGUCAACAAAUUUUGCUCAACGAUCAACAAACAGAAUAUUCCGUGCAUUCCAAUUCUUGGAAUUUUUAAAUAUUUCCGACCACAUUUUUUUAAUUGAGGAGCCAAUAAAAUGGAAAGUGAAGACGCAACUCUUCUUGUACCAAAAUGUCGACAUUGCCCUUCAUGUCGAGCGUAUAUGUGGGGUUCAAGUUGUGGGUGUGUCCAUGGUAAAGGUUAUACGGACGUGGAAUGGGAACAACAUGCAUAUGCAAUCUUGCCCUAUAUCGAGAAUCAAAAGAUUGCAACCCAGUCCAACAAGGUCAACAAGUCACUGUAAAAAUUCACUCGAUAGCAUCCUCCAUAUUUCGCAUGUAUCGAAAUUGUCCAUAUCUUGCGGCCCUGAGCUGCCUGAUCUUCAGCCAGGAACCGGCCUACUUUAUCCUCCUCCAGUUGGGAAUCUCGCCCCUGCACCCGCUCGUCGUCCUUCUUCGCGCCGCCGCCCUUGUCGCCACGGCAGCAGAAGUUGGCCGUCUCAUCGCCCUGCUAGCCGGACUAAUAUUGUUCUUCAUUAAUGCCACGUGGCGUCAGCUGCACAUGUGGGGGGCCAUUUGUGACAGAAAAAUUCACGUUGGAUUAUACUUUUAUCGACAACUAAUCGCUUUGUACAUACUUCGUCGUGGUCCUGCCACUUUCAUGACGACGGUUGCGAUCACAAUCGGAUUCGCAUUACAGGUGUCAUUCAACUACGCGAGUAUCGUUCUGGCGGGACUGGUACCACUUAACGCCUACGUGUCCAUUCCAUACGUCGCGUUCGCCUCUGGGGUGACGAUGGCGGUGAUUGUUUAUUUUCUCGCCGAGGUGAAUUCCAUCUGCAAAACGAGGCUGGAUCUAAUGAAGAGAAAGUGUGCCAUGAAAAAUAUUAAGAACAGAAGGAAAGAAUUAUUAAAGAAAAUUCGAGCCAUGCCGAUCCUCGCGUUUCACGUGUCUCUUUGUAACACGACCUCCCCCAUAACACGCCACUUCAAGAUGACAUAUCUCGACAAAGUGCUGGAUAGCACGGCGUCGUUAGUAAUGGGGUUUCCGAUUUAACUUAUGCAUUAUGCAGGAAGGAUGGUAUGUAUCUUGAGCGGAAAUUAUGGCAAAUGCGCAUGUAAUAAUUUUCGCAAUUUAAUAAAAAUUUCAAUUCUCAAAACUAA